CCCUUUUGUUUAGCAUUUGCUGCUGCCUGCUUGGUCGCUUCUUCUAUUAUUAAUUCUCAGCUGUACCCUCUACUCCCACCUUUUCCCCUGCUGCUUCACGAACAUUGAGACUGUAGAGAGAGAUAGAGACUGUGUUUGAGUGUGACCAAAAAAGGAAGACGAGGAAGGUGGAGAAGAAGAAGAAGGAAAGAAGCGGAGUGUGAGCUUUAGAUCUGAAGCGUAACCACCUUCCCCCACUGUAACCCUACCACAGAGGACGAUCCGGGUUCUUGGACUUGAGGUGAAUGGCAGUCACAGACACCCAGAAUCCUUUAGUUGCAGAAAUGACCUGCAGUACUUUGCUGCAGAAGCUUCAGGAAAUUUGGGAUGAAGUUGGUGAAAGCGAUGAGGAGAGGGAUAAGAUGCUUCUCCAAAUAGAACAAGAGUGCUUGGAUGUUUACAAGAAGAAAGUUGAACUGGCAGCAAUGUCAAGGGCUCAGCUUCUACAAGCUCUGUCAGAUGCCAAAAUAGAGCUUUCAACUCUCUUAUCUGCCCUUGGGGAUAAAAGUUCUGUUGGAACUCCUGAGAAGACUUCUGGAACAAUCAAGGAGCAACUUGAAGCUAUAGCACCAGCUCUUGAACAGUUGUGGAAACAGAAAGAAGAGAGAGUGAGGGAAUUCUCCGAUGUGCAAUCACAGAUACAAAAGAUUUGUGGUGAAAUUUCUGGGAGCUUGAGCACUAAUGAGACUCCUGUGGUUGAUGAAUCUGAUCUUUCCUUGAAGAAGUUGGAUGAGUACAAUGCUCACCUUCAGGAACUUCAGAAGGAGAAGAGUGAGAGACUGCACAAGGUGCUUGAAUUUGUGAGCAGUGUACAUGAUCUAUGUGCUGUCCUUGGUUUGGACUUCUUUAGCACUGUAACUGAUGUUCAUCCCAGCUUGAACGAAUCUACUGGUGUUCAAUCCAAAAGCAUUAGCAAUGAUACAUUGGCAAGGUUGGCUAGAACAGUCCUGGAGCUGAAGGAAGAUAAGAAACAGAGGCUCCACAAGCUUCAAGAGCUAGCGACUCAAUUGAUUGAUCUGUGGAACCUGAUGGACACUCCGGAUGAUGAAAGGAAAUUGUUUGACCAUGUUACGUGCAACAUAUCGUCUUCAGUUGAUGAAGUUUAUGUGCCUGGUUCUCUUGCCCUAGAUCUCAUUGAGCAGGCUGAAGUUGAAGUUGAAAGGCUUGAUCAGCUAAAAUCCAGCAGGAUGAAAGAAAUAGCCUUCAAAAAGCAAUCAGAACUUGAAGAGAUAUUUGCCCAUGCUCAUGUAGAGAUUGAUCCAGAGUCCGCUCGGGAAAAAAUCAUGGCAUUGAUAGAUUCUGGGAAUGUAGAGCCUGCUGAGUUACUAGCCGACAUGGAUAGUCAAAUAUCAAAGGCCAAAGAUGAAGCUCUUAGCAGAAAGGACAUUCUGGACAAGGUGGAGAAAUGGAUGUCUGCAUGUGAAGAAGAAAGCUGGCUGGAAGACUACAAUCGGGAUGAUAACAGGUAUAAUGCAAGUAGAGGUGCACAUUUGAAUCUCAAGCGAGCAGAAAAAGCCAGAAUUCUGGUCAACAAAAUUCCAGCCCUAGUUGAUACCUUGGUUGCCAAAACUCGGGCAUGGGAAGAGGAACGGGGCUUGCAAUUUACAUAUGAUGGCGUUCCUCUACUUGCCAUGCUUGAUGAAUACGCCAUGCUUAGGCAGGAAAGGGAAGAGGAGAAGCGGAGGAUGAGAGAUCAGAAGAAGCAUCAUGAGCUGCAAAACACAGAGCAAGAAGCCAUCUUCGGUUCGAGGCCUAGUCCAGCCCGACCGGCUGGUCCCAAGAAGGUGGUUGGACCGAGAGCAAAUGGAGGAGGCUCGAAUAAUGGAACUCCGAACAGGCGUCUGUCUUUGAACACUCCUCAGAAUGGCAGCAGAUCGGCAAGUAAAGAGAGAAGGGAGGCGAGGCUUUCUGCUCCUACUAAUUACGUUGCUAUAUCGAAGGAGGAUGCUGCCUCCCAGGUCUCUGGUACUGAACCGGUUCCCGCUUCACCAUAGUGGAGCUGAAGAUUGAAACGAAGAACGAGAGCGAAAGAUGUAGGCUUUAUACCAUUUGCACAACAUUAAUGUUGUUAUUAGUACUAGUUGUAGUUCGUUGUUGUAGUGGUAUAGAUGUGAAGGAGACAUGAGAAACCGGAGUGUUUAAGAAUGUAGUAGCUGUCUGCCCCCCUGGUCUUGUGUAUUUUUGCCGGUUUGGAGUUUUUCUUUUAGUCUGCUGCAAAUCAUAUGUUGAGGAUCUCUUCUGCCUGAAUCCCUUUGCACUGUUACUUUCCUAGCAACUAAUGUUCUCUCCAACUUGCCCAUUGAAUCAAAAUUCAAGGUACCAUAUUGUAAUUAGCUAUUUUGGUUUGAUCCGAGUAAUGCAGGACCAAAAGGUGAACCAUCUCGCCACUCGCCAGUCUCGUUUCAGUUCUGUGCCAUCUCUCUGUUUCUUCGAAAUUUUGAAGUAGCGAGAAGCGGCAAAUUGAUCGAAGCAAAUCCAGGCGAUGGCGGCGAGCGAUUACGAACCAGCCAAGCUUCUGCUGCCGUACCUGCAACGAGCCGAUGAGUUGCAAAAGCACGAACCCCUCGUCGCUUACUACUGCCGAUUAUAUGCUAUCGAGAGGGGGCUGAGGAUUCCUCAGAAGGAUCGCACUAAGACCACCAAUGCUCUCCUCGUUUCCCUCAUGAAUCAGCUCGAGAAGGACAAGAAGGCGGUGAAGUUAGGACCUGAAGAUAACUAUUUUUUGGAGGGAUUCGCCCAAAAUUUAUUUUCUAAGGCUGAUAAACAAGAUCGUGCUGGACGAGCUGACUUGAACACAGCCAAGACAUUUUAUGCAGCGAGCAUUUUCUCUGAGAUUAUUAAUCAGUUUGGGCCUCUGCAAGCUGAACUUGAACAGAAGCAGAAGUAUGCAGUUUGGAAGGCUGCAGACAUAAGGAAGGCAUUGAAAGAGGGAAGGACGCCCAAGCCAGGCCCUCCUGUAGAUGAUGAAGAUCUAGCGGUUCCAUCUAGUGGAUUUACCAAUGGGCAUGAUGUUGGACAAGUGGAAACUUCGGCCACCACAAUGCAAUCAUCAGAGUCCGAUCCAUCGUCCCAAUUCCACGAUCAAGGGAGCAUUCCGCACGGGCUCAAUCUCAUCCUCACCAGUCAUAUGACUCGUUCGACAGCCAACAUUCUGGCGGAAACAUCUUGCCUUCGCCUCCACCUCCACCUCCACCUUAUACUGGUGCUGCUGGGUAUUCACAAGAAUUCUAUCCAUCAGAGAAACCCACCUAUUCCCAGCCACACCACCAUAUGCAGCAGAAUUACCCAUCAUCGCAUGAUAAUUUCCUACUCUUACACAAACUUCCAGUCAUAUCCAAGUUUCGCAGACACCAGCCUCCCUUCCGUGCCAUCCCAUCAUCCAUCUUAUUACCAACAACAAGGGUCUGAUUCCACCACGUACAGUUCUCAGUCUGCUCCGACACCUGCUGCAGGCUAUCAUCCUCCACCAGCGCUGCGUAGUUCAAGCGACAGCAGCAGGAUGAGCUCGGCGGAUGCAUCCAUCCCAACUUCUGCCGCUGCAGCAGCAACGUACCAGCAGGACAGUAGCUACCAGCCUCCACCUGAGAAAAUUGCAGAGGCAAGAAAAGCGGCGAGAUAUGCAGUCGAUGCAUCUGAUGUGCCUGUGGUCGUGGAACACCUGAAGAAGGCCCUUGAGCUGUUAACUAACCCAUCUGCUGAUCCGUAA